GAAAAUCUCACCCGCCGGAUCUUGAUCUGGUUUCUUAUCUUGAGAGUUGAAUGAAUAUAGUGCGAGGGAAGCGAGAAGUGAAUUCCGGCGGGUCGGAUCGACAGCUCCGACUGAGCAACCGACCACCAUGCACCCUCUUUCUAAGAAACUGAAACAACCGUCUUCAUCUUCCUCCUUUUUCUCCCCUUCUUCCCUAUUUCUCUAUAUAAUCUGCUUCGCCGCUCUCUUUUUAAGCUUCUCUCUGUUCAAGACCGCUCCUUCCUCAGCUCAAAACAACCAUAGUACAAACCGGGAAGCAUUGUUCUCGCCGUCGUGCAAUGUUUCCGAUGGCCGGUGGAUCUACGAUCGGACAAUCAAAUCUCCUCGUUACGAUAAUACCUGCAAGGAGAUAUACAAGGGAUGGAAUUGCAUUGGGGGCAAGAAAAAUAAUGCGCUCGAUAUCGUCAAGUGGCGCUGGAAACCCUACGGGUGCGAUCUCCCUCAGUUCGAUGCUCUGCGAUUCCUCGAUCGCUUCAGAAACACCAAUAUUGGAUUCGUUGGUGACUCCUUGAAUAGGAACAUGUUUGUCUCCUUGUUUUGUACUUUGAAAGGAGUGUCUGGUGAAGUGAAGAAGUGGCGUCCUGCUGGAGCUGAUCGUGGCUUUACCUUCCUGAAAUAUAACCUUACCAUUGCAUAUCACCGGACAAAUCUUCUGGCUCGUUAUGGUAGGUGGACUGCCAAUGUGAAUGGUGGAGAGCUAGAAUCUCUUGGAUAUAAGGAGGGUUACAGAGUUGACGUUGAUGUACCAGAUGGAACGUGGGCAAAUGCUCCAUUCUUCCAUGAUAUUCUAAUCUUUAACACGGGUCACUGGUGGUGGGCUCCUUCAAAAUUUGACCCGGUAAAAUCACCCAUGCUUUUUUUCAAAAAUGGCAAUCCUGUGAUCCCUCCUUUACCUCCUGAUGCCGGCCUUGAUUUGGUUCUUAAACAUAUGAUAUCAUAUGUGGAGGAAAGAACUCGUCAGAAUGCCAUUUUAUUAUUUCGAACGCAGUCACCAAGACAUUUCGAGGGUGGUGAUUGGGACCAAGGUGGCUCCUGUAAACGCUCUCAGCCUCUGUCACCUCGAGAGGUGGAGGAACUUUUCUCUAUCGGAAACAACGGAACUAAUGUGGAGACACGCCUCGUCAACCAACACCUUCACAAGGCCCUAAAAGGCACCAAAUUUAGAGUAAUGGACAUUACUCGCAUGAGCGAAUUCAGAGCCGACGCCCAUCCAUCCACCGCAGGUGGGAAAAGGCACGACGAUUGCAUGCACUGGUGCUUACCGGGAAUCACCGAUACCUGGAAUGACCUGUUCAUAGCGUACUUGAACAGCCUAGUCACCUAGACUUCAGGAACCGACACAUUCCAGUUCGAUCCUUCUGUAGAAUCGCCAUCCACGGUACAUUCUCUGCAAACUUCACGUUAUAUCCAGUUCUAGGCAUGCAUCUUCUGCAACAUUCACGUUGAAACCGUUAUUCUUAAAGUCUAAAGUUGUUUCAGGCAGGCAUGUGAUGUGCUCUAUCAAGAAUUACUGCGGAAAUUUUUCCGUUGACAGCGUUCAGUGACACUAUUGCUUCACGUUCACAACAAUCACCUUUUAGACUUUGUUCACUGAGAGUGAGGAAAUUUGUAAAAGGUUAAUUGCUUUCGAUCAAUUCAAAAGUAUGCUAACAUUGACCUUAGUAUUUGUAAAGAUAGAAAAAUACUAUUUGAAUCGAAUAUUUAUAUUCUUAUGUGACAUGUGAAUUAUUGA